AUGGACAUGUCAGAUUUGAAUAAUAAACAAGGUGGGAAUACAUGUAAGUAUAGAAAUAAACAUAUAGUAAAAGAAAUAAAUGAUAUUCAUGAGUUUAUAAAAACAUAUCCUCAUACAAAUGAAGAACUAAAUAAUUAUUUUAUAAAAAAAGAUAGACAAAAUUCAGUAUCCCCAUUUAAAAGAUUUAUUUUUUAUAUAUUAACACAAAUAGCAAGUAUAUUAGCUGUAUGUAUAAUAAUAUUUUGUAUAGGUUUUUUAAUAGGAAAUAAUAUAUCAUCAAAAUCGUCUAUAAUAAAUUCAAUAAAUAAUAGUUAUUACUUAUCAAAUAAUAUAGGAGCACAAUUAAUUAUUGACAAGCCAUCGACUCAAAACAAGGACUCAUCUAAUGAUAAAAAUAAUGUUUUAACUUUAAAUAUGAUGAUCAAUUUUAAUUUUAAUUAUAAUAAUAUAUUUAUGGGAACACUCAUAAGUAAAGUACUACUACAUUAUUAUCCAGCAAAUGAUAUAAAGUUAAGACCAAAUGAAUAUUGCUAUAAUGUAAAUAAUUCAAAUAUUAUAAAUAAUGGGAUUAGAAAAGAUAAAAAUAAAUUUGGUAAAAAUAGUGAUGAUUAUAUUUCUUUUUUACAAGAUGAAUCAUUAAUUUUUUUAAAUUAUUCAAUUAAAGAAAAUAGAGAUAUAAAAAUAACAUAUAUAAAUGAUUUAUUAUUUUCAAAUUUAACAUCAUAUCCUAUUGCUGGUUCCGAUAUUACUGUAUCCCCAGGUAUAAUGCAUGGAAUAAGUUCUAUCAAUACACUAAUAAGUGUUAAUUAUAUUAUUAAAGAUAUAAAUAUUCAAGAUAAUUUAUUAAGUGAUUGUAAAUUAGGAAGAAUAUAUUUACGUUUGGAUUUAGUAGACCUACGUAUUAAAACUAUGUUUUUUCGUUUUGCACCACAAAUUGGAACUUUCCUUCCAUUCAAAAUACCAUGUAUAAUAAAAAAAGGAAAUACACUAACCGAGGAAAACAAAGAAUUUCGGGACAACCUUAUCAAGCAGCACAAAAUGCAAAGGUCGGCUAUUAAAAAUAUCAGUCUAUUUAUGAAUUAA